AUGAAUCGCCGGCCCAUUAGAAUUAUUAAUAACUACAAAUGUUAUUUUGUUGGUUGUGAUGAUGAUGCGAUGACGAUUACUCAAAAAAAAUUGAACAGUAGCUCGGUUUGCCAUGACGAAGCCAGUGGGCGGCACUACGGGGUGAUCGCUUGCUUUGGUUGCAAAGGCUUUUUUCGACGAACGGUGAGUCACCAUCGAGUUUCUCCGUUGUCGCUCUUCCUCCCUUCAUCAACACCUACUUCACCGAGAUGA